AUGGACAUUGCUGAGGUGUUGGACAAGUUUGACAAAGAACACCAUCCAAGGGGAGAAACGCUACCCACGCGUACUAUAUUAUAUCGAGUAAAGAUUGUACAAGCAUUCUUGAAGAGUGGGACUCCCCUUAACCGACUUGAGUACUUAAGAGACAUCUUUCAAGAAGCAGGUGUGACCUUCAUCUACCGUCAAAAAUGCGAGAGCUUAUCCCUUUCAUCCCCGAAGAGGAGUACAAAUCUAUUGCCAAAACUACUGGGGAAGGAUGUAUCAAUUAUAUUUGAUGGAACGACUAGAGAUGAAGAAGCUCUGGCUAUGUUGAUCCGUUAUGUCCAUGAAUGGGAAGUCAAAAUGCGCCUAGUGCGAUUUCAACUUGAUAGGAGCUCUGUUAAUAGUGACGAACUUGCCAGGAUAAUUAUUGAAGUUCUGCACCGGAAGCUGGAUGUUCUGCAAAACAACCUGGUGGCUGCAAUGAGAGAUCGCGCCCCAGUGAACAGUAAGGCUCUUAGAACAGUGUCUAUUCUGUACCCAAAUAUGAUGGACAUCGGGUGUAUCUCCCACUUUUUAGAUCGUGUUGGUACCAAAUGUGUCACCCCAGCGGUUACAUCAUUUAUGUCGUUGUGGAAUGCCAUGUUUACCACCAGCAUGAAAGCAAGACGGGCUUUCAAAAACAUUACAGGACGAGGGAUGCCAAGAUACAACGCUACUCGAUGGUGGAGGCUCUGGGAAUGUCUCAAAGUGGUGUUUGAGGAAUGGAAGCAUGUCCCUGUCUUCCUGGGAAGUGAGGAAGAAUUUGCAAAUGCUUCACGACAGAAGUUAACAGAUAUCAUGCAGCAAUACCCUACAGAACUCAGACUAGAGAUGGCAGUGUUGAUGGAACUGGAGAGGUUCGUUAAGGUAACGUACACUUUGGAAGGGGAUGGUGACCUUAUCUUCAUUGCCUAUCAAAAGCUUGAGCAGCUUAAAGCAUUCAUUCAAGUUGAGAAUUAUGCAACCCUAACAGCUGCAGAACAAGAGCUAUUUCCUCUCAGCCCAGCCCUACAGUACAAGUGGUACAACUAUGGGCUCCAUCGAUGUCUCCAGCCUGCGUUUACAUAUUUCCUUAACACCAUGAGAACUGAUCCAACCGUGUCGCAGUCUAUGGCCCUCUUCAAAGCUGCACAGCUCUUCAGUCCAAGAUGUAUCAAGGUAUCAAGGCCAACUGCCAUCGAUGUCGACUGGCUGAGGGUUGUGCCGUUCCUGAGUUCGAAUGAUGUAAUAGAAUCUCUGAAGGAUGAGCUCCCAGAUUACAUUGCCAAGGCCAAUUCUACACCUGAUGUCUUCGACGACUUGACUGACACGCUGCCUUGGUGGAAAGCUACCGCGCAGGAUCUACCAUGUUGGGCUGCUGCUGUGCAGAAGAUGGUUUUCGUUCAACCGUCAUCAGCUGCGGCUCAUCAGAGCGGGUUUUUUCUAUGCUGGUCACCAUGUUUGUGGACCAGCAGCAUGAGGCCCUCGAAGAUUAUCUUGAGGCAGCCUUGA